AUGCUCUCCCCCCUCCAGAGAAAUUCCAAUCCCCUGAAGUUUUCGAUCAGACUGGUGUGGCAGGUGGAAGCAGUUGUGCGAGUCAGGAACCAGCUGUCUCCGAGUACGCCCGUGUGGCUAACCGAAACCAGCUCGGCCUGGGGGGGAGGCGCCCCCGGCCUCAGCAACGCCUUCGCCGGGGGGUUCCUGUGGCUGGACAAGCUCGGGGUGGCGGCGCGCGGCGGGAUCAGCCUCGUCGCCCGCCAGACCCUCUAUGACGGGUGUUACGCUCUGCUUGAUCAGGAUCUGAACCCUUAUCCUGAUUAUUGGUUAUCAGUCUUGUACAAGAGGAUCGUCGGCGGUCGGGUCCUUAAGCUGACUCUCCGCGAUGCCCCCAAAACAGUUCGUCUUUAUGCCCACUGUUACAACGAGGAGGCGGAGGACCACAUACCAGGCGCUGUUGUUGUUUACGGGGAGAACCUCGGCACGUUUUCUGUGGCCGUCGCUCUGCAGGGGAGACUCAGCGCGUCGCCUGUUCUGCGGUAUCUUCUCGAGGCGCCGAGAGGAGAGCUUAGGUCGAGAGUCGUCAUGCUGAAUGGCCAGCGACUUCGUAUGACGUCAUCGAACGAAUUACCCACAAUGCACCCGCGCGCAGUCUCAGGAGGGGAGUUUGGUCUUGCCGCCCACUUCCCUCGGGUUCUGGGUGCUGCCUCACGCCCGUCUGCCUGCUUGCCUUUGAGCGGUUUCGGGGAGCUGGAUUACAGAUGAGAUUAUUAAAGAGAAAAAAAAGAAGAAAAUGUGGUGUUGAUGGGGAGCUGGAUUACAGAUGAGAUU